AUGAGACCCUGUCUCCAUAUUGCCAAGAAGCAUCUUUUGACGACUUCCUUAAUACUGUCUUUUCUCCUCCUCUGUCAUACUCUGAAAACCCCGUCGCCCAAGGUUGACCUGGGCUACGCCACUCACACGUCCGGGACCAAAGUCUUUCUCUACAACAACAUCCGCUUCGCGCAGCCUCCCACCGGUGAUCGGCGCUUCCGCAAGCCCGGCACGCCCCCGCCGCACAAGCCUGGCGUCCUCAACGGCCGAAACCACCUCCUCAAGUCGGACUGCGUCAACUCCGCCCCGAGGGAGAUGCUCGUUUCCGAACUGAACAGGACGACGUGGGGCCAGGAGGACUGCCUCUUUUUGAAUGUCUUGGUGCCUGAGGCGGAGGGCCAGGACAUGGAUAUUAAUGUCGGUCUGCACGACAGCGUCACGGCACUAGAGUGGAUAAAAAAGUACAUCAAGCGCUUUGGGAGCAAUCCGGACAAUAUCACCGCCAUGGGACAGAACACGAGCGCGACGAUGGUCACGUUGAUGCUAGUCGCAAAUAGGGGCCAGGGAGAGCUGCCUUCCCAGAAGACGUUCAUUUCCUCGCCCGCUAUGUCACCCCGCAGAGAUGUUACAAGCCGCCGUGCCAGUCUAUUCAAGGAGGUCCUCAAGGCAACCAAGUGCAAAUCAGUCGAGUGUCUGCGCGACGCUCCAGCUAACACCCUUACCACCGCCAACAAGCACCUCCUCACCGAGGUCGUCGGCGGCUCUGGUGGUGCGACCUUCGGCCCGGGGAUCAGGUUCGGCCCAAUCCCAGAUGGGGAGUACAUCCCAGAUGUGUUGACGGUGCUGUUCAGCCAGGGACGCGUUAACCCGCGCAUCAAGAAGCCCGCUGGGUUCGCUGAAUUCGUGCGGCGAACUAUCCCAGACGCAAAUGAAGAGACUAUCCAGCGAAUUCGUGACUUGUACUCUCAACCGGACUCGAAGAUCCAGGACGUGGCAAACGACUGGACGACGGAUGUUGUGUAUGGGUGCAAUUCCCAGGGUCUGGCGAAGGCGUAUGCGAGCAAGACGCAGCGAUAUGUGUUCAGUGUGCCGCCCGCGGUGCAUAGUCUGGAUUUGAACUAUAUCUUCUUCGUGGAUCAGAAGACUACCCCUGUGAAAGACGUGUCUCUGGCCACGGAGGUUCAAGCCAGGACGCUAGACUUCUUCCACGGCAGGGACGAUGGAGAAUGGCCGGUCUAUGGCAACCAAUCGACUACGGUUAACGUUGUUGCAAAGGGCCUCCAGAAGAAGAUGGACCCUUGGGCAAAGAAUCCCAAUUGCCAGGCUCUUCUGAAGAUCAUCAUGGAUCCCAAGAAUGGUGCCUGA